AACAUUUUUGACUCUAUCUACUACAGUACAUACUCUUUAGCAGACUUGUGGAGGCAGAGACCCAGAAACUAUGGAUGGCAAGGCAAAUGUGAAGUCCCUCAUGGCGAAAUUUAACACGGGUAGCAAUCCCACAGAGGAUGUUUCUGGUAACAACAGACCCUUCAAAGUCCCAGGACAACCUAUCCAUACAGGAUUACAGACGAGGAAAGCAGCACUUGAGAAAUUUGCAACUCAAGGAAAUGCAACUCCUCCUUCAGGACCCAGUACUUUUCACAAACCAACUCAUCCUAAGCCUCCUCUGGGGGUCAAGCCUUCAGUUGAUGAUAAAACAGAGAAGGAUCCAAAGCCCCCAUAUUUGAAACCAGUGGCACAAAAGUUUGGAGUUCAGCUUCAUGCAACCAACAGAGAAAAUGAUGGAAAAGCUGUAUGCACUAAACCCCCCCCUAAAACCAGUGAUGUGGCAAAAGAAGAGCCAAAGCCUCUGUAUCAAAAAUCUGCAGGGAACAAGUUCCUUAACUUUUCUCCUUGCGAGAAAGAAAAAAACCCUCUGGGAACAAAACCAAAUCCAAAUUUUGCACCACAGGAGAGUGAGGAAAAACCAGCAUCUUCAAAAGUAACUGGAAUUAAGGAAAAGUUCAUGUCUGCAACACAAGAAAAUGAGCCUAAACCUCCUUUGUCUAAACCAACUCUUGCACAGAAACCAUCUCUAAAUCAUGAGGUCUCCCACAACGAAGAUGUUUCUAAUAAAAAUGUUUUUCUUCCGAAAGGACUUAGACCAAAUAUUCACUCAUUUAAAGCAGCAAAGGAAAUGGAUGAAAAUAGUAAGUGUGCUGCAGAAGCCGCAGGCAGUCAUUUUUCUAACACGACUCUGAAGCCUACUGGCCACUGGUCCAGCACAUCUCAAGGCACCGCCAAAACCAUGGAGGAAAAGUCUGAAGAAAAGGGAAUGAGUGCUGCCAAGAACCUCUUUAUCAACAAAAUCAUCCAGGAAGAAUCGAGCUCUCCUAAGUUUCAUAAGACGAACACAGCACUUGGUGCAGGAAGGCCAUCAGGUGGAUCACAAGAAAAAGAGGACGGGGACGGGAGCUCAGGAACCCCCAGGCGGAAAGCCUUGCCCCCUCUGUUCAAGCUGGGCCAGCCCCCACAGAAGCCCUGCAGACCUCCCAGCGUGGACCUGGAAAGGUUCCGGCAGAGCAGCUCAAAAGACAGCUCUAAAAAUGAAGGUUUGAAACAGAUAGCACCCUCCUCAGCAGCACUCUCCCCACCUGUACCUCCACCACACUCUGCUGCACAGCUGCCACCUCCUCCACCAGCCUCUCACCCGUCCCUGCAGUUCCCAGCAGCUCCCAGCCUGCCUCCCAGAAAUGUCAAGCCCAACACUGAAACAAUAAGUCCAGACAAUGAAGAAAAUUAUGACGAUGUUGAAUUCGUUUCACAGGGUCAUGGAAAUACAGAGGGGGGCCAAGAAAGUGAUGGAGAGAUGUAUGAAGACAUAAAUGACAUCAGAUCAUCAAGGGGAAAAGAGAAGAAGUGGGACAAGGAAGAAAAGAGAAGAAUGGACCAAGAGAAGAAAGAACAAAAGGAAAAAGAAAAGAAAGAGCAGGAAAUAAGGAAGAAGUUCAAAUUAACGGGACCCAUCCAAGUCCUUCAUCAGGCACGAGCUUGUGUUGACCACAAGGGCGGGAAGAAUGAGUUGACUUUCAAACAAGGGGAUGAGAUUGAAAUAAUUCGCCUCAGAGACAACCCAGAAGGAAAGUGGCUGGGCAGGAUAAAAGGAUGUUAUGGAUACAUUAAAACAACUAUGGUGGAGAUUGAUUAUGAUUCUUUAAGAAGAAAGCAACAAACAUCUACCAGAACUCCUGUCAAACAUCUGGAGAGUGAACAAGAAGUGUAUGAUGAUGUUGGAGAGCAGGACAGUAUUAGCAGUGAGAGUGGUGAUCGAAGUGGAGCUGGAAAGAUGUUCCCACCUCCUCCUUCCGAUCAAGAGAUUUAUGAUGGGAUUGAUGAAGAAGCUGCUGUAACUAGGUCUGUAUCGCAGGAUGAAGAUAAGAAUAUCUGGUCCUGGGGAAUCUUGAAGAGGCUAAAGGUCAGAGAUGACAAAAAGAAAAGUAUACGAGAAAAAACAACCAAAGUCAAUGGGUCAGAAGAUAAUGGAGAUUUGUUCAUGUCUUCUUCAACAACGCAGUUUAGAAAAGAUUGUGAAGACAAUGAUGUUUAUGACGACGUAGAUUCUUCAGACUUCCCUCCACCACCGUCUGAACUCAAGCAAGUGAAAAUGGGAAUUACUCCCCUGAUUAGAAAUGUUUCAUCAAAAUCAGCAAGCCACGGAAAACAUGUAUCAGAUGAAAAAAAUGCACAAAAGCUUAAAAAGAUGGAAAGAGAAGAGAAAGAGUUCAGAAAAAAGUUUAAAUUUGAAGGUGAAAAAGUUCUUUAUUCUACCACCACAGUCAAGGAUUUGCCCCAGAGAAGAUGGGGAUCUAAAGAUUUACAAAUUAAACCAGGGGAGUGUCUCGAAAUUAUAGAAAGUACAAAUGAUACCAAGGUCCUGUGCAGGAAUGAAGAAGGAAAAUAUGGCUAUGUUCUGAGAAGCAAUUUAGUUGAGAAUGAUGGAGAGAUUUAUGAUGAUAUCGGCGACGAUUGCAUCUAUGAUAAUGACUGAUACAGAAUUCUAUGCAAGUAAGAGCAAGUAAGAGCUUCAUUGAAGAUCAAAAUCUUUUUCGGAUUUCCUAAUUGUGAAAGCAAGAAAAGUCACUAAAGCUGAUUACAAGUUAAUUGGUUACACUCUUCUAAAUGUACAAUUAACCUUUUUUAAGAUUUCAGGAUUUUGUCACGGCUUGCUUUGUAUAACAUUCCUAUUACCAUUUAUCUGAGCAAUUAAAUUUCAGAGAAUAUGAGCUAAAGUUAAAAUUAUAAUUUUCCACUUCCUUUCCACAUUUGUCACAGUCCAAUUAGUUACACUCAAAGAGGCCAGUUCAGGUCUAUACAGAGGACAACAAACCCUGGGAACAGGUUUUACUCUGGCUCUGCUCUUUUAAAUACCAGAGACUGCCACUCUGGGGAGGACAGUAGCCUGAAAAGAAAUGCUUCCUUUAGUGAUAACAUCCUGUUGUGAAAACAGGAAAUCAAAAGUGGGCAUCAGAGAAGACAAUAUAUUGCUGACCUGCCAUUCCAACUGCAAUAGCAUUAGCUACACUGACAUGUACAGCCAUGUACCGUUAUCGCUGAAAUUUCUUUUUCUAUAUUGUACCGAUAGAAUACUGUUUUCUAAAAUUUAUUUGACCAUUUUGCAUGUACUUUUUGAAAAACAUUAAUAGUAAAAUAGUAACAAUGUUAUAUGUAUUACAUACAGCACUCUGAGAUACAAGAUGAAUCUAUUUUAUAGUAUUGUGUUGCUGAAAAUAUAUUCAGAACAUUUAGGUUAAGAAUUAAUUUCUGUUUAUUUUGAAGAUAUGUUGUUGUCACUAUAGUAAUUUAGGCAUUAGAAUGGACUUAUAAACUGAUGAUAAACUGGUUGGAAAUCACUUCUAGACUAAAUAUACAUGUAGAUUUAUUACACCGUUUCGAUAAUAUAUUUUCCUUCUAAGUACUGUAUUUUGAACUAGACUUGGCUAAAUGAGAGUAUAGGAAUUAAACAUUUCCAUUCCUAUCCAUUGUAGAAACAACGUUUAUUCCAAAAGAUCAUUGGUAGUGCUGUUCUUUGAAUGAGCAAGUAGCAAAUCAAAGUAAAAUGAACACAUGAAUCGUAAUAAUAUCACUUUGCACUUACAUAUCAGAACUUACUGUAAACUAAAUAACAUUUACAGCAAGCUCCCAGUAAAGAGGGUGAGCAUGUGCAGAAAAUGAAACACGUAUUUGUAAUGUGUGAUGCUUUUGCUAUAGUACAAGAUAAUCAAAAACCUGCAACAACCAAUGUGGCUGGACCAGUGUGAGCAACUCCUCUUGAUUAUCAAGUCUCCUAUAAUCCUCAAGGGAAGUAAGGUACACUGUACAAACCAGAGCAAUGCAACAAGCUGGCAAGUUUAGCUUAUGAACAUGAAAACAUUUUGACUCUGUUGAAGUCACUAAUUUUUGGUCUUACCUUCGGCAGAGCUGAGAUUUCAUCUUACACAAGUGCCUUUCACUGAUGGUUCAAAAUACAGUAAAUCUUUAAGGAGGUAUAAUGUUAUGGGGAUAUCAAACAUAAAAUUAACUGUAGAGAUGAUAGCCUAUAAGCUAUUUUAUACUAUAUUUAAAAUCACUGAUAAUACACUGAAAAGUAUAUGCUAUAUGCAAACUUGAGUUUCCUGUUCUAUAUUUGCUAUUCAGCCAGCAUCCAGGCAUACAAAUACCAAUUUUAUGUCUAAACAUCAACACCAACACCCAAAUUUAAGACAUGACCUUGUAUAUUAAACACAAUAAAUGUGUCUGGCUAUUUGGCUA